AAACUUCAAAAACCAAAAAAUAAAAAAUAAAUUCUCUCCUCAGAAAUCACUUCAGAACUCACCGAGCAGAGGAGCACCACAGCACAACAAUGGCCGCAGCCACAACCAUAUUUCGAUCUCUCCUCCUUCUCUCUCGCUCCUCUUCCCCGCUCUCUCUCCUCCCCCGUCUCCUCCGCCCCUCCCCAUCCCUUCUACUCCCUUCCCCAUUUUCUCCACCAUCUACUACUACUACUACUACUUCUACCAGACUACUCUGCAGCACCUCCGACGCCACCAAAAGAAACCCCAAACUGACCAAUUUUUCCCUCUCUGAUUCCGACUCCGACUCCGAUCCCGAACCAGUCAAAAAACCCGCGGUCGACAAGAGCAAGUUGCCGCCGCCGUACGACCCGUUUAACAAGAAACCAGCGAUAGAGGAGCCUGACGACCCGACUAACUUGCAAGAAGUUUUCCACAAGAUCCGAACGGAAGGGUUGUUCAACAAUGCAGUCAAGAUGUUCGACGGAUUGUCCAAGGACGGGUUAACCCACGAGGCCUUGGAGCUUUUUAAGCAGAUUAAAGAUGAGGGUCACAUGCCAGACGUGGUAGCCCACACGGCGGUGAUCGAGGCGUACGUAAAUGCGGGCCAGGCCAAGGAGGCUUUGAAGGUGUACAAGAGGAUGCUGGGAUGUGGGGUGAUGCCGAAUGCGUAUACGUAUUCGGUGUUGGUGAAAGGGUUGGUGGGGUGUGGGGAUGGGAAGAUGGUGGAGGAGGGGAGGAGGGUUGUGGGGGAGAUGAUGGCGAAGGGGGUGAGGGUGAACGCGGGGACGAUUGUGGCGGUGGUGGAGGGGGUGGUGAGGGAAGGGGGGGAGGAGAGGGGGAGGGAGGUGGUGGAAGAGAUGAAGAGGCUUGGGGUUUUGUCGGAGGAGAGGGAGGUAAGGGAGGUUUUGAAGGGCAUGAGGGGUCCGGUGGUGAGAAGUGUCAUGAGCUUGCUCUUUGGCAAGUAGGUUUGUUUUUGGUAGGAUAGUCCGUGUCUGGGCCAGCUCUAUGCCCACCUCAACUAAUCUGCUCUCUGGCGCAGGUCAUAGACAGAUCAUCCACCUAGAAAAUUUACUAGAAAUUACUUUUUUUGCUUUUGUGUGGACAAUGUUAUACUAAUGCUGGAGCGAUAACAUUUGGAGUAUCGUGUUGUGUCUUUGUGGAACAUUGCGGGUUCUGACCCGCCACUAUGACCCUAUACAAUUUUGCUGCAUCUCUUGUCUUGUUGAGAACAUGUACCUACACACUUUGAUCUUGCUAGUUCAGUGCAUUUUCCAUGUUUCAUGGAACAUGAUUUUGCA